AUGCCGUUCAUGCACUUGAACGAGAUGUCAGUGUUGGGUUCACUGCAGUGUCGAGAUGGCUACGAGCCCUGUGUAAAUGAAGGCGUGUGUAUUACUUACCACAAUGGCACAGGAUACUGCGACUGCCCUGAGGGCUUCUUGGGAGAAUACUGCCAACACCGAGACCCCUGUGAGAAGAAUCGCUGCCAGAAUGGUGGGACCUGCGUGGCCCAGGCCAUGUUGGGGAAAGCCACAUGUCGAUGUGCCCCGGGCUUCACAGGCGAGGACUGCCAGUACUCCACCUCUCACCCGUGCUUUAUGUCUCGCCCCUGCCUGAACGGAGGCACCUGCCACAUGCUCAGCCGGGAUACCUAUGAGUGCACCUGCCCAGUUGGUUUUACAGGUAAACUGUGCCAGUGGACCGAUGCCUGCCUGUCCCAUCCCUGUGCAAAUGGAAGUUCCUGCACCACUGUGGCCAACCAGUUCUCCUGCAAAUGCCCCACAGGCUUCACAGGGCAGAGAUGUGAGACUGAUAUCAAUGAGUGUGACCUUCCUGGGCGCUGCCAGCAUGGUGGCACCUGCCUCAACCUGCCAGGUUCCUAUCAGUGCCAGUGCCCACAGGGCUUCACAGGGCGGCACUGUGAAAGCCCCUAUGUGCCCUGUGCGCCCUCCCCCUGUGGCAACGGAGGCACCUGCCGGCAAACUGGUGACUUCACUUUUGAGUGCAACUGCCUUCCUGGAUUUGAAGGGAGUACCUGUGAACGGAAUAUUGAUGACUGCCCCAACCACAAGUGUCAGAAUGCAGGGGUUUGUGUGGAUGGGGUCAACACUUACAACUGCCGCUGCCCUCCACAGUGGACUGGACAAUUCUGCACCGAAGAUGUAGAUGAAUGUCUGCUACAACCCAAUGCCUGUCAAAACGGGGGCACCUGUACCAACCGCAAUGGGGGCUACGGCUGCGUGUGUGUGAACGGCUGGAGUGGGAAUGACUGCAGCGAGAACAUCGAUGACUGUGCCUUCGCCUCCUGCACCGCGGGCUCCACCUGCAUUGACCGUGUGGCCUCCUUCUCUUGCAUGUGCCCAGAAGGAAAGGCAGGUCUCUUGUGUCAUCUGGAUGAUGCAUGCAUCAGCAAUCCGUGCCACAAGGGGGCACUGUGUGAUACCAACCCCCUGAACGGGCAGUAUAUUUGCACCUGCCCACAAGGCUACAAAGGGGCUGACUGCACAGAGGAUGUGGAUGAGUGUGCCAUGGCCAAUAGCAACCCAUGUGAGCAUGCAGGGAAAUGCGUGAAUACAGAUGGCGCCUUCCACUGUGAAUGUCUGAGGGGCUAUGCAGGGCCUCGCUGCGAGAUGGACAUCAACGAGUGUCACUCAGACCCCUGCCAGAACGAUGCCACCUGCUUGGAUAAGAUUGGAGGGUUCACAUGUCUGUGCAUGCCAGGUUUCAAAGGUGUACACUGUGAACUGGAGAUAAAUGAAUGUCAGAGCAACCCUUGUGUGAACAAUGGGAAGUGUGUGGAUAAAGUCAAUCGCUUUCAGUGCCAGUGUCCGCCUGGUUUCACGGGGCCAGUUUGCCAGAUCGAUAUUGAUGACUGUUCCAGUACUCCGUGUCUGAAUGGGGCAAAGUGUAUCGAUCACCCAAAUGGAUACGAAUGCCAAUGUGCAACAGGUUUCACGGGCGUGUUGUGUGAAGAGAACAUAGACAAUUGUGAGCCGGACCCUUGCCAUCAUGGCCAGUGCCAGGAUGGUAUUGAUUCCUAUACCUGCAUCUGCAACCCGGGAUACAUGGGCGCCAUCUGCAGCGACCAGGUCGAUGAGUGCUACAGCAGCCCCUGCUUGAAUGAAGGGCGCUGCAUCGACCUGGUCAACGGUUACCAGUGCAACUGCCAGCCCGGCACAUCAGGGACUAACUGUGAGAUUAAUUUUGAUGACUGUGCAAGUAGUCCUUGUGUCCACGGGAUCUGUAAGGAUGGCGUUAACCACUAUAGCUGUGUCUGCUCCCCAGGAUUCACAGGGCAGAGAUGUAACGUCGACAUUGAUGAGUGUGCCUCCAGCCCCUGCCGCAAAGGUGCGACGUGUAUCAAUGAGGUGAACAGUUUUCGCUGUGUAUGCCCUGAGGGGCCCCACCACCCCAGCUGCUAUUCCCAAGUGAAUGACUGCCUGAGCAACCCUUGCAUUCAUGGAAACUGCACCGGAGGCCUCAGUGGGUACAAGUGCCUCUGUGAUGCCGGCUGGGUCGGCAGCAACUGUGACGUGGACAAAAAUGAAUGUCUUUCUAACCCAUGCCAGAAUGGAGGAACUUGUGACAAUCUGGUGAAUGGAUACAGGUGUACUUGCAAGAAGGGCUUUAAAGGUCAUAACUGUCAGGUGAACAUUGACGAAUGUGCUUCAAACCCAUGUCUGAACCAAGGAACCUGCUCUGAUGACAUAAGUGGCUACACUUGUCACUGUGUGCUCCCCUACACAGGCAAAAAUUGUCAGACUGUAUUGGCUCCCUGCUCCCCGAACCCUUGUGAGAAUGCUGCUCUUUGCAAAGAGGCACCAAACUUUGAGAGUUACACCUGCUCAUGUACUCCUGGCUGGCAAGGUCAGCGGUGCACAACUGACGUGGACGAGUGUGUCUCCAAGCCCUGUAGGAACCAUGGUGUCUGCCAUAACACCCCAGGCAGCUACAUGUGCGAGUGCCCCCCAGGCUUCAGUGGCAUGGACUGUGAGGAGGAUGUCGAUGACUGCCUUGCCAAUCCCUGUCAGAACGGAGGCUCUUGUGUGGAUGGAGUCAACACUUUCUCCUGCCUCUGCCUUCCGGGUUUCAUUGGGGAUAAGUGCCAGACAGACAUGGAUGAGUGUCUGAGCGAACCCUGUAAGAAUGGUGGGACCUGCUCCGACUAUGUCAGCAGCUACACCUGCAAAUGCCAGGCGGGAUUUGAUGGAGUCCACUGUGAGAACAACAUUGAUGAGUGCACCGAGAGCUCCUGUUUCAAUGGUGGCACAUGCAUCGACGGGAUCAAUUCCUUCUCCUGCUUGUGCCCAAUGGGCUUCACUGGCCCCUUCUGCCUCCAUGAGAUCAAUGAAUGCAACUCUCACCCAUGCCUGAAUGAGGGGACGUGUAUUGAUGGCCUGGGGUCGUACCGCUGCUCCUGCCCUCUGGGCUAUACCGGGAAAAACUGUCAGACACUGGUGAACCUCUGCAGCCAGGCUCCUUGUAAAAACAAAGGUACCUGCGUCCAGGACAAAGCCAUGUUCCGGUGCCUGUGUCCCCCAGGAUGGGCUGGUGCCUACUGUGACGUGCCCAGUGUCUCCUGCAAGGUGGCAGCCUCCCUCAGAAGAGUGCCUCUCAACCGCCUGUGCCAGAACUCUGGGGUAUGUAUCAGUGCCGGCAGCACACAUCAUUGCCAGUGUCCCAUGGGCUACACCGGGAGCUACUGCGAGGAGCAGCUGGAUGAGUGUGCGUCCAACCCCUGCCAGCACGGAGCCACCUGCAGUGACUUCAUCGGGGGCUACCGAUGCGAGUGCGUCCCAGGGUAUCAGGGUGUCAACUGUGAGUAUGAAGUGGACGAGUGCCAGAACCACCCGUGCCAGCAUGGAGGCACCUGUAUCGACCUCGUGAACCAUUUCAAGUGCUCCUGUCCGCCAGGCACUCGGGGCCUGCUUUGUGAAGAGAACAUCGAUGAUUGUGCUGGGGGUCCCCACUGCCUCAAUGGUGGCCAGUGUGUGGACAGAAUUGGAGGCUACAGUUGUCACUGCUCGCCUGGCUUUGCUGGCGACCGGUGUGAGGGGGACAUCAACGAGUGCCUCUCCAACCCCUGUAGCUCCGAGGGCAGUCUGGACUGUAUACAGCGCACCAACGACUACCUGUGUGUGUGCCGCAGCGCCUUCACCGGCCGUCACUGUGAGACCUUCAUGGAUGUGUGCCCCCAGAUGCCUUGUCUCAACGGAGGGACGUGUGCUGUGGCCAGCAACAUGCCUGAUGGCUUCAUUUGUCGUUGUCCCCCGGGUUUCUCCGGGGCAAGAUGCCAGAGCAGCUGCGGACAAGUCAAGUGCAGGAGAGGGGAGCAGUGCGUGCACACUGCCUCAGGACCCCGCUGCUUCUGCCCCAACCCCCAGGACUGUGAGCCAGGCUGCUCCAGCAGCCCCUGCCAGCACGGGGGCACCUGCUAUCCUCAGCACCAGCGUCCUUAUUACUCUUGCCAGUGCCCUCCCUCGUUCCAGGGCAGCCACUGUGAACUCUAUACGCCGCCCCCCAGCACACCUCCUGCCACGUGUCUCAGUCAGUACUGCGCUGACAAAGCCCGGGACGGUGUCUGCGAUGAGGCCUGCAACAGCCACGCCUGCCAGUGGGACGGGGGCGACUGCUCGCUCACCAUGGAGAACCCCUGGGCCAACUGCUCCUCCCCGCUGCCCUGCUGGGACUACAUCAACGACCAGUGUGACGAGCUGUGCAACACGGCCGAGUGCCUCUUUGACAACUUCGAGUGCCAGCGGAACAGCAAGGCGUGCAAGUAUGACAAGUACUGCGCAGACCACUACAAAGACAACCACUGUGACCAGGGCUGCAACAGCGAGGAGUGCGGCUGGGACGGCCUGGACUGUGCUGCUGACCAGCCGGAGAACCUGGCCGAGGGGACCCUGGUUGUCGUGGUGCUGUUGCCGCCUGAGCAGCUGCUCCAGGAUGCCCGCAGCUUCCUACGGGCACUGGGCACCCUGCUGCACACCAACCUGCGCAUCAAGCGGGAUCCCCAAGGGGCCCUCAUGGUGUACCCCUAUUAUGGAGAGAAGUCAGCUGCCAUGAAGAAGCAGAGGAUGACACGCAGGUCUCUUCCUGUCGAAGACGAGCAGGAGGUAGCCGGCUCCAGGAUAUUCCUGGAAAUUGACAACCGCCAGUGUGUUCAAGAUUCAGACCAGUGCUUUAAGAACACCGAUGCGGCAGCAGCCCUGCUGGCUUCUCACGCCAUCCAGGGGACCCUGUCGUACCCUCUUGUGUCUGUCAUCAGUGAAUCCCGGACCCCCAAAAGCACUCAGCUCCUCUAUCUACUUGCUGUUGCUUUUGCCAUUAUCCUCUUUAUUAUCCUGCUGGGGGUCAUCAUGGCAAAACGAAAGCGGAAGCACGGCUCUCUGUGGCUGCCUGAAGGCUUCACCCUUCGCCGAGACUCCAGCAAUCACAAGCGCCGCGAGCCAGUGGGGCAGGACGCCGUGGGCCUGAAAAACCUGUCCGUACAAGUUUCAGAGGCUAACCUAAUCGGUUCUGGAACAAGUGAACAUUGGGUCGAUGCUGAAGGACCCCAGCCAAAGAAAGCCAAGGGUGAAGUUGAGGCUUUACUCUCAGAAGAAGAUGACCCCGUGGACCGACGCCCAUGGACACAGCAGCACCUGGAGGCGGCCGACAUCCGUGGGACGCCCUCAUUGGCACUCACUCCUCCUCGGGCAGAGCAGGAGGUGGAUGUGCUGGAUGUGAACGUCCGCGGCCCAGACGGGUGCACCCCUCUGAUGCUGGCAUCUCUCCGAGGAGGCAGCACAGACAUAAGUGAUGACGAUGAAGACGCAGAGGACUCGUCUGCCAACAUCAUCACAGACCUGGUCUGCCAAGGUGCCAGCCUCCAGGCCCAGACAGACCGCACGGGCGAGAUGGCCCUGCACCUUGCAGCCCGAUACUCCAGAGCAGAUGCUGCCAAACAUCUCCUGGAUGCAGGCGCAGACGCCAAUGCCCAGGACAACAUGGGCCGCUGCCCUCUCCAUGCUGCCGUGGCAGCCGAUGCGCAGGGCGUUUUCCAGAUCCUGAUCCGGAACCGGGCAACCGAUCUAGAUGCCAGGAUGAAUGAUGGCACGACCCCCCUGAUCCUGGCUGCCCGCCUGGCUGUGGAGGGCAUGGUGGCAGAGCUGAUUAACUGUCAAGCUGACGUAAACGCAGUGGACGACCAUGGAAAAUCUGCCCUUCACUGGGCAGCUGCGGUCAAUAAUGUGGAGGCGACCCUCUUGUUGUUGAAGAACGGAGCCAACCGAGACAUGCAGGACAACAAGGAAGAGACACCUCUGUUCCUCGCUGCCCGGGAAGGGAGCUAUGAAGCGGCCAAGAUCCUGCUAGACCAUUUUGCCAACCGGGACAUCACGGAUCACAUGGAUCGCCUGCCCCGGGACGUGGCUCGGGACCGCAUGCAUCAUGACAUCGUGCGCCUCCUGGACGAGUACAACGUGACCCCGAGCCCUCCAGGCUCUGUGCUGACUUCCGCCCUCUCGCCUGUCAUGUGUGGACCCAACAGGGCUUUCCUCAGCCUGAAGCACACCCCUGUGGGCAAGAAGCCGAGGCGGCCCAAUGCCAAGAGUGCCAUGCCCACUAGCCUCCCUCACCUGGCCAAGGAUGCCAAGGGCAGCAGGAGGAAGAAGGCUCUGAGUGACAAGGGCCAGCUGUCUGAGAGCUCGGUGACUUUAUCCCCCGUCGAUUCCCUGGAGUCUCCUCACACAUACAUGUCUGACACCACCUCCUCUCCAAUGAUCACAUCCCCUGGGAUCUUACAGGCCUCACCACCCAACCCUCUGCUGGCCUCUGCUGCACCCCCUGCCCCCGCCCACUCACAGCAUGCCUUGUCCUUCUCUAGCCUUCAUGAGAUGCAGCCUUUGGCCCCAGGAGCUGGCACUGUGCUUCCCUCUGUGAGCCAGUUGCUGUCUCAGCACCACAUCGUCCCUCCAGGCAGUGGCAGUGCAGGGAGCUUGGGCCGGCUGCAUCCGGUCACCGUCCCAGCGGACUGGAUGAGCCGCAUGGAGAUGAACGAAAACCAGUACAAUGAGCUGUUUGGCAUGGUCCUCACUCCAUCUGAGGGCACCCACCCUGGCAUAGCUCCCCAGAGCAGGCCGUCGGAUGGCAAGCACGUAACUGCCCCUCGUGAGCCUUUGCCUCCCAUUGUGACUUUCCAGCUGAUCCCCAAAGGCAGUAUAGCCCAACCAGCUGGGGUUCCUCAGCCUCAGCCCAACUGCCCUCCAGCAAUUGCAGGACCCCUGCCCACUAUGUUCCAGAUUCCAGAAAUGGCCCGCUUGCAAAAUGCGCCAUUCCCCCCAGCCAUGAUGCCCCAGCAGGAUGGGCAGGUAGCUCAGACCAUUCUCCCAGCCUAUCAUCCCUUCCCAGCCUCGGUGGGCAAGUACCCCACGCCCCCUUCACAGCAUAGUUACACCUCCUCGAAUGCUGCCGAGCGAACGCCCAGCCACAGUGGUCACCUCCAAGGCGAGCACCCCUACCUGACACCAUCCCCAGAGUCCCCUGACCAGUGGUCAAGUUCCUCUCCCCACUCGGCUUCCGACUGGUCAGAUGUGACCACCAGCCCUACUCCUGGGGGAGCUGGAGGAGGUCAGCGGGGACCCGGGACUCACAGGUCUGAGCCAGCACGCAGCAACAUGCAGGUCUAUGCGUGAACCAGUCUGCCUCCAGGGUCAGGCCAGAACUACCAAUGGUAAGUGCUGCUGCUGUGGAACAACAUGAAGGUCAUCCGGGAGAGAAAUGAAGAAAUCUCUGGACCAGCUCCUAGAGGCAGGAGAGAGGAUGCUCUUACCUUUGAGAUUAAAGCAGAGACGCACUUUCAUCCGCUUCAUUCACUGGGCACCUGUAGGCUCUUUGUUUGGGACAAAGCUCCCCCUCUCUCUUGCCCACCAGGUCCAGUUCAUGGCAUUACAAGGUGAAGACAAGCCCUGAGGUCAUGUUGGCGCUCCUCCUUUUGGGGAAUUUGAUGGAUGCCUAUCGUAGCCCAGAUGUUCUUGCAGCCUGGACUGUAUUUUCAGCUCUGAGGCCCGUGGCCAGAUCUCUGAGCUGUUUCCACAGUCGAGUCCUGUUGGGACUUGUGCCCUGGCGUUCUGCCGGAGUUGAUGUUUCUCAUCUUUUCAUCCUUGGACAUUCCUCAGACUUCAUUUGGCACCCCGCUGUUGCGCCCCUCCCUGGCUGUCCCCCUUCAGCACGGUAUAGUUCAAGACCUCUGCGCUUUAACCCUUCCUCCCCUGGAAGGCAACCUCAGCCUCCUGUUUCCCUCCCAUUUCCCAGGGCCCCAGGGUUUACUUGGGUUGUGCAUAACCCUCUGCGCAUGUUUCUUUAGGGAAAGGACCCACCACGUGCUCCGACAGUUCUCAUUCCUGGAGGGAGAAGACUGGGCUUCGCACUCCCACCAACAGUCCCGGCCGGCCGGAAACCCAGCGAGGGUGGUUAGGGUCAGCACUGACCUGAGGGCAGUGCCUCGGUUUCUUGGAGAAGGACACGGUGCGGGUGGGACGAGGUCUGCGGGUAGGAGAUCCCUUCAAGAGACUGCCGCCUUAGUUGCCGGGCCUGCUUGCAGGGCUACAGGUAAAGUUUACCUGGAACGAGGAGAAGUCUACUGUUUUUCCAUUUCCAGCCCUAGUCAGUGUGAAAGUUUACCCUCAGCCGCCUAGGUACUAGGACUUUUCUGUUGUCAUUUUCUUCGUCGUCGUCGUCACCGUCAUUGUUUUUGAGCCAGAAAAAUGUUGGGAAUGACCAAGAGCGAAGUUAACUCGUGCAAGGAGUGGAUGCCACCCAGCAGGCCCCUCCUGCCUGCCCCGCAUUCUGUUGACUGCCAGGGAGAAGCUCCUUGCCAGCAGGUUGUCCAGCCCUCGGCCCUGCGCCUUUGUUCAUUCUGCCCCAGGCUGGCUAAGCCUCUCCUCCCACGGAAGAAAACGUCUCAAACUCUGCACCCUCACGCUUUGGCCAACUCCAGGAACCUGCUUUCCGGCUCCUUACUUCUGUCAGCUGCGGCUUGCAGGCCCCGCUCUACACUUGGGUGCUCCGAGUCACCGGGGCACCUGCUACCUUCUCAAGGACCCAGCUUUUCUAUAGGGAAAGGCUGGAAAUGGAGAGGUGCUUCCUUUUCUAGAGUUCCAGCCUGCCCCCGUGCUGGGAGGGGAGCUGGGAGGGCCUCGCUCCUGCCUGCUGUGGCGGGUCCUUCCUCUGCUCACAGCGUUUCCGUUCAGGAGACUUAGCAGUGCUGCUGGCCCUUUGGAAGUCACACUCCCAUCUCUUGCCAUCGGCCUUCUCAAGUGCACACUGUGCUGCCCCACACCCCGGUCUGCUCCUUUACUUGUCCUCGGAGAGACUGCCCUGACCUUCCUGUCAAGGGCAGGAGCAGCAUCGGUAAGAGGAGAAAUCAGAUGGGAACAUUUUCCUUUGUCUUCUACAUGGGUCAACUAAAAGUCAGUCCCAUGGCCAUACUACCCUUUCUACCCAGCAGGCUCGGGCGCUAGUUCUGCCGAGUGUGUGGAGCUAUUCAUGGAAUUUGGGUAGUCUGUUUUGCUAUCAGUGAUUGUCCUCAAUCCUGCCAGGACCAGAAGCAGAUGCCAAUCCUCUCUGAGUGCCCGAUUUAUCUGACUGCAGCCCCAUGUGAAAGCACUAUGUGUUUGUGAGCAUGACAGUUCUGCAAAUGGUUUUUCAACACCCCCCCCCAAGUUUCAACACAAAUAAUUACUAGUCCUGCCUUGAUAUAAGCAAUUUUUGUUCAUUCUGUAGUUUUCUUCUCUCACACUGCUACAUUGCACCUGCCUCUUUCAGUGUGUGAAGAGUUUAUCCUUCAAAGUGAUGACUCUCCACCCAUUUGUCAGGUGGUGGAUAGAGAGGGCUUCUCCGGACGGGCUGUUUUGGACCACAGCACACCUGUCCUCUCUGCACUCCUUCUGUAGCCCAUUUCCCAAAUUGUGCCCAUGCGGAUCCAGAGGUGUUGAUCUUUGAUCGCCUCCUCCACCCCUGAGCACAGUGGGGAACUAACUUGCUGGGUUCUCCCUGGGAAACUAAGGCCACUGCUUGGGGUUGGGAGAAGGUGCUGUGAGAGCUGCCAUCCAUCUGCAUGCAGCGGGCAUCGAUGUUGCCGAGCAUGAGGACACUCACUGCCUUUUGAGCAUUUUAUCCCAUGGGAAGGACCCCUGGGUUGUACAGUAUUUAAUUAAAAAGGGAAGGUAAAAUGGAGAAUAAUUUUCUCAGCAGGGUUCUAAAUGGAAAACCAAGCUUUUAAAGGAUUCAUCUUUAUGUCAACGUUCACACACACACCUUUUCUGUUUUGCUUGCUGUUUGUAUGUUUAAGUUCGUCCAUUGGGUCCUCAUCUGCCUGACCUUGGGGAUAAGUUUUUUUAUUUGUUUAUUUCUACAGUUUUGUUGUAAGCCUCGUUUCCUGUCUUACAUGGAUGGUGGGGGAGGAGAGACUUGAAGAGGAAAGAGACCGAGAUGUUAAGAUUUCAUAUGUGACCAGCUAUUGUACUCGGGCCCAUUGUGUAUUCUUCCUAUUAAAUUGACUCGUCUGUAACCCUUGCCUAGUAACGGACCAAAGGUGUGAUGUCUUCUUGGCGGGGAGGUUGGGCCUUAACCAGUACAUUGAAUGUAUGACUCUUUGAGAGGAGAAAUUUAUAUACCCAGAGGCCCCCACUAAUAGCUGUUUGGUACUAUGGCUCCUCAUGUACAUUUCCUGUAAAAGUGAUAUUAUAUCUGCUUGUAUGAGAAACCCAAUAACCAUUAAAUUGACUGCAUGCUCCUGACUCUCUAUAGUAAGGAAAAUGCACACUUUGUUUUUACCUUUCAAACAUUCAUUCUAAAAGUAGCUAAGAACAAAUUUAUAUGAAAGUAUUUUCAUCACAAAAUAAUAAAGUUACAUGCCAAGUA